AUGGCGGACAUGCAGAUUGUCCUGGCUGGGAGGAAGAUCGAUGCGCAGUAUGUGGAGAUGAAGGUGCCGCUCUACUCCUACGGGUGCGAGAAGAAGAUCAAGAAGGUGCUGUCACAUCUCAAAGGUAUACAUUCAGUUCAGGUAGACUACCACCAGCAGAAGGUGAUGGUGUGGGGGAUCUGCAACCGCGACGACGUGCUCGCCGCCGUCCGGAAGAAGCCCCGAGACGCGCGGUUCUGGAACGGUGACGAACUGGGCCCAGGCGAGCAUGUGCCGACGCCCGGAGAAGCUCCGAAGAAGUACCUGGCAGCCUUCACCGCCUACAGGUUGAGGAAGUCGUGGAAGAAGCUUUUCCCGCUGAUCCGGCUCUGA